AUGGCCGAUCCACAGCAAGACUUUGUUCCUUGUUUCAAAGCUGGAGAUCACAGAGCCAAUGAAAAUCUUGGUCUCUUGAGCAUGCAUACAAUUUGGGUACGUGAGCACAAUCGCAUUGCCGAAGAACUGCGCUCUCUAAACCCACACUGGUCUGGAGAUCGCUUAUAUCAUGAGGCACGUAAGAUUGUUGGAGCUUUGAUGCAAUCAAUUACCUACCGUUCCUGGCUUCCUAAAAUCCUGGGUCCAAGAGGAAUGGAAAUGAUGGGUGGUGAUAGUUAUACUGGAUACGACAGCUCUAUUAAUCCUACAAUUAGCAAUGAAUUCGCUACUGCCGCUUUUAGAUUUGGUCAUACCCUCGUUUCACCAAUCCUCUUCCGCUUAAAUGAAAACUGGGAAGCUAUUCCUGAGGGCCACCUUCUUCUACACAAGGCAUUCUUCGCUCCUGAUAAGAUGCUUACUGAUGGAGGAAUGGAUCCCAUUCUUCGUGGUCUUAUGUUCCACGGUGUUCGAGAUAUACUUCGUAGACCAUCAUUAAAUCCUGAGCUUACCGAAAGACUCUUUGCCAUGGCGAAUCAGUUGGCUCUAGAUUUGGCAUCACUGAAUAUUCAACGUGGACGUGAUCAUGGUCUCCAACAUUACACAGCUUAUGCCUACAAGAUUUGUGGUCUUGGAAGCUCUGAAGCACCCGAUUCAUUUGAUGAUCUGGCUGAGAGAAUCAGAGAUCCAGCUAUUCGUGAGGAGCUUCGUGCUGUUUACGGUCAUCCAGGAAAUAUCGAUUUAUUUGUAGGAGGUAUUUUAGAAGACGUUAUGCCAGGAGCAAGAAUGGGUCCAACAUUCGCUUGUAUCAUUGCUGAUCAGUUCAAAAGACUUCGUGCAGGUGACCGGCUUUGGUAUGAGUCACCAGGUCUUUUCACAACGGCUCAACUUGCAGAGUUACGAGAGGCUGGUAGUUCCCUAUCAAGAGUAAUUUGUGAAAACGGUGAUAAUAUCACGGAGGCGCAGAUGGAUGCCUUUGUACGACCAAAGAGUCGAAAAGAUCUAAUCCCCUGCUCUCAGAUUCCAAAAUUGAAUCUUGUACUCUGGAAGGAAUGCCCAUCACCAAGUGGUACUCCUCUAGGAUUAUACAGUGACACUGGUGUCUACUUUGAUGAACCUCUGAAUAGGCGUCGUCGAAGUGUCUCUUCAAGUGACACUUGUGCUAUGGGUGGAUCUGACGCUUCAAUUUUGCUUGAAGACAUUGAAGAAGAAGUCGAUGCUCGUAUCAAAUUGCGGGAGCAUCAGCUUAAGAGAGACAAACUGUGA